AUUAUUGUUUCCACGAAGCAUAUCCAUAUCCACGCGACUGCUUGGCCAGCGGACACUGGAGCUGCGCGACCAUUACUACGGCGGUUCCCGAAGUGUUGGGAGAUUGAAUGGUGUGGAGGUCGCCGAACCUCGGCGCGAUGAAUAAUGGAGGUGCGGGCGUCGGUGGAGGCCCUGGGGGGCCGCAGGAGGGCGGACAGGUGGGGACGGAGUAUACAUUGCAAGGCGUCAUGCGUUUCCUUCAGAUCGAAUGGCAUAACCACGAGCGAGCGCGCAACGCGUGGGACAUCGAGCGAGCGGAGAUGAAGGCCAAGAUCGCGAAGCAGGAAGGCGAUGUACGCAAUGCGAAGAAGCUCAAUGAGCAGUUGGACAAGCAGAUUCGCAUGUUGGAACGAGCCCUGAAAGCCGAGCGAGCGAAAUCGAAAGCCGCAGCGUCCGGGGAGAAACUAGCGGAUAGCAAGGGGGAAGUGAAGGUUGAUGUGAAGGGUAAAUCGGUAGCGAAGAGCGAAGUAAAGGCUCCCGAAAAGCCCCCAGGUUCAUUCCUCGAACUAGAGGGCGACAGAGAAUCCUCCGAUCAAGACAAAGACUCGAAAGACAAAUCCCAUGUAUACCUACAGAAAACCGUGGAAGAAGUCACCUACCUCCUCACCCCUCCGGCUCAACCUCCGCAAUCGCAGCAGAUUCAGGCCUUGGCAAAUUCGACCGGAUUUAUGAGUCAACCAGGCGACCUGCCCUUAUCAUUAGAAGAAGUGUACAUGCAGCAACGAGCCAAGCAGCAGCAGCAGCAGCAGCAAGGUUCGAUGCUUGGACACCCCUCUGCUGCCCCAAAUCAUCAGCCACCUCCUCUUCCUUCGAACAAUGAACAUUCAACUGGCCCGAGGUCAGGGCAUCCGCAACAACAAUCUGCGUUCAUGACACGCGGAGUUCCGAGUCAAAUGCCUCUCCCGCAACAACCACCAUCGACAGCCCAUCAUCUGGAUAACCGCGGACCCUACCCCGAACACGCCGAUGAAAACGUGGAGCGGAUCACGCACACGUACGAUAACAUGGGACGACCGAUAUCUGCACAAGAAGAAUCCAACCUAUCUUUUGGUGGUUCUCGACUGAUGAACGACGAACCCGACGGAUGGAAUUUCGAGGACAACCCCCUCGCCGAUCAAACCAGCGAAACACUUCCCCGCCGAAGACCGGACCAAGAUCUCUUCCCAAGCGCCAACAACAUCCCCAUGCGAUCUCCUCCCCGCUCCACCGUCUCCCAUCGAAGAAAGAGCUCCGGCUCCACCGCCAUGGUCCGCCGACGUAGCGAAGGCAUCGAAACCAACCCCUCCACUCAAUCCGCCAGACAAGACCCUGCCAACUUCAAAGUCCGCUUUGCCCUCCGCGGUCACCUCGAUGUGGUCCGCUCCGUCAUAUUCACCGGCGGCGGCAGCCCGUCCGAACCGGAGAUCUGCACCGCCGGCGACGACGGCAUGAUCAAGCGAUGGAUCAUCCCAGCCAGCUACCCCAGUUCACUGAAUCACAAGCAAGAAGUCAACGACCUCGACAUCCAAUCCUACUUCACCCACCGCGGUCACGACGGGGCCGUCACCUCACUCGCCGCCUGCCCCGUCUCCGCCUCCUUCUCCACCGGCGGCCGCGCCUCCGGCGACGGCUGGAUCUUCUCUGGCGGCCAGGACGCAUCCGUCCGCGUCUGGGAGCGCGGCCGGGUCGACCCCAAAGCCACCCUCGAGGGCCACACCGACGCCGUCUGGACCGUCUGCGUCCUCCCUGCCACCUGCGGUGCCAUCUUCGGCCCCGACAGCGCCAAUCUCGGCGGCCCCGACCGCGUGCUUCUCGCCUCCGGCUCCGCCGACGGUACGGUGAAGAUCUGGGCCGUCAGCGCGCCGCCGCAGCUCGCAUCUCCGCAAGCGGGGUCGCGACGAGGAGCCCCAGGCACGCGGCGUCACUCAGUGACGUCCGGGUCGAAUUACCCGUCGUCGCCGCAGCCGAGCAUCGCGACGAACACGCCGUUCCACUAUACUUUGGUGCACUCGAUAUCGCGGGCGGGGGCAGCGAGCCCGACGUGCAUCGCGCCGCUGUCUCCCACGGGGGAGACGUUCGUGGUGGCGUACGCGGACGCGAGUAUCCUGAUCUACGACACGCGGACGGGCGAGGAGGUGAUCGGAAUGGCGAGCGCAGAGACGUACGACGGGACGGUGGCGACGGGGGUGAAUGCGGUAGUGGCGAUCGCGACGUCGCAGGAGGGGUUGGGCGGGGAAGGGGGGCGGGGGAGUUUGGGGAUGGGGGAGGAUGAAGGGCUGCAUGGGGCGACGGGGAGCUCGAGUCAGGGGGGCGUGGAGGGGGUGAUUAUUAGUGGACAUGAGGAUCGGUUUAUUCGGUUCUUCGAUGCGAAUAGCGGCCAAUGCACCUACUCCAUGCUCGCCCACCCCUCCGCCAUCUCCUCCCUCUCUCUCUCCAAAGACGGCCGCGAAGCCGUCUCCGCCGGCCACGACGCCAGCAUCCGCUUCUGGAGCCUCGAGAAGCGCAUCUGCACCCAGGAGAUCACCAGCCACCGCAUCAUGCGCGGCGAGGGGGUCUGCAGCGUCGUAUGGAGCCAGGACGGGCGGUUGGUGGUUAGCGCGGGCGGAGAUGGCGUGGUGAAGGUGUUUGCGCGGUGAAAGGCGGAAAA